CCUGGUGGGGAACAUCCGAACAGAGGAGCGCCAUCACCAACACCAGCUGAACAAGAGUGAGGAGGAGGAGGAGGAGGAGGAGGAGGAGCGGAUGGAUGCCAGCCUGGGAUCAGCCACCAGCACCACCACCAACAACCCUCCUCCAAGUGGGACCAGCUCCGAGUUUAAUCAUUAUUAUGGGAAUGGAAGAGGAGGGCCUUGCUUUGAUCAACAUGGCGGACAACAAAGCCCAGGGACUGGGGUAACAGCGGCGCUCUCGGUACACAACACCAUGGACCAGGUUCAGAACUCCCACGAAGGCUACAGCAACAACAGCCCGUACAACCACUACCCGAACUAUCGACCCGGCUACGGGACUAGUGGAUACGGAGGCAUGAUGAGUCCUUCACGCCAGGGGAACAGCCUGAUGGGCCCGGGCAGCGGCAGCUCGGCCGCUGCUAAUCACAGCAAAGCGGCUAUGGUAGCUACCAGUUCCCCGGCUGGAGUUGGAGGCGUUGGCGGAAACAGCGGAGGCUUUCAGCGGUUUCCUGGACAGGGGCAACAGCAACAGCAGCAGCAGCAGCAGCAACAGCAGCAGCAGCAGCACCCGUCCGGGGCUACGCCGACUUUGAAUCAGUUAUUGACGUCCCCGAGCCCGAUGAUGCGGGGUUAUGGAGGUGGAUAUCCAGACUAUAAUCCCUCUGCACAGCAGCAGCAGCCGCCGCCGAGCAUGGGGCUGGCCAAAGACAUGGGCUCCCAGUACGGUUCGGCUGCUCACGGCUGGGGAGGACAGCAAAGAAAUCACCCGGCCUUGAGCCCGGGGAAUAACGGGCAGGGUAGCGGCAGGUCCCAGGUGCCGCCCAUGGACCCGAUGGCGAUGAAGCGCUCUCAGCUCUACGGAAUGAGCAACAACCCGUACUCCCAGCAGCAGCAGGGGGCGCCAUACCCCGGCCAGCCCUACGGCGCCCCCUCCCCCCACAGAUACCCGAUGGCGAUGCCUGGCAGAGGGCAAAUGGGGAUGGGAGGGAUGCAGUACCCUCAGCAACAGAUGGGUUCUCAGUACAGUCAGCAGCAGCAGCAGCAGCAGCAGCAGCAGCAGCAGCAGCAGCAGCAGCAGCAGCAGCAGCAGCAGCAGCAGAACAUGGGUGGUUACUGUCAGCCGAGUCAGCCUCCGUACUUCAGCCCGCCACAGCAGCAGCCAGCCGCCCCCAGCCAGCCGCCGUACAUGCAGCCCCGCCCACUGCCACAACAGGAGGUGCCGCAGGAGGCGUACGGGGGUCGGGGCCAGUCCGCCGCCAUGACUCCUGGGAAACCAAACCACGAGGAGAUGAGUCUAAGCCAACAGGAGAGACCGUCCAGCCUGCCGGAUCUGUCCGGCUCCAUCGAUGAUCUGCCCACCGGCACCGAGGCUGCGGUGAGUUCAGGGGCGUCAGGAUCCGGCAGCGCUCAGGGCGACCAGGGGACUCCAGCCCGUUCUCCUUUCUCCCCCCACGUAUCGCCUCGUCACCCCCCACCAGCUCGCACCGGACCCUCCCCCUCACCCUCGCCGUCCCCUGCCGGGUCCAGCAGCCAGUCACGAUCCGGACAGUUGUCCCCUGCCACCAGCGGACCAGGCGCACAGUUGACCCCUCAGGGCUCUGGGCCUGGAUCAGAUGUUGGUCAUCAUUCCUCCCAGUCUGCCAUGACUCAGGACAGAGGUUUCCCUCCUUCCAUGCAACGUAGCACCCCAGGGCCACAGUUUGGCCCCCAGCAGUCAGCACCACCUAUGUCCCCUCACCCAACACCGGGGGGGCCCAUGCACCACGGCUCCUACCAGCACGGCAGCUCAUAUGGCCAGUAUGGACCCCCAGGUAACUACCCUCGGCCCCCCCACUAUGGAGGGGCUCCCAGUGCCAACUACAGCGGCUCCGGUCCCAGCCCCGGCUUAGCCAACAGCCUGGGGUUGAAUGCCAGCAGUCCGAUGCACGGUCAGGGCCCCUCCACCCCAGCAGGUCGCGGCCCCGGGCCCGGCGCCGGGGGGCGACCCUACCCCGCCGGUGGGAGCGCCAUGGCUCCCACCUCCCCAGGCAUGCCACAGCCCGCUGGUCAGGGUAUGAGGCCUCCAGGGCCCAACGCCAGCCGCAAACCACCGGACGUCAGCCCCAAUGCUGGGCCCAGUGCCAACUCCUCAUCCUUGUCCACAGCCGCCGCUCCGAGCAGGCCUCCCUUCGCUCGUUCGCCUGUCUACCACAACCAGUCCUGGCCCAGGGGUCGACCUGCCCUCUCUCCUACUCUUCACCCCUCCCACCUUCCUCACCCUCCUCACCACUCCCAGCAGGGCACCAAUGCUGUGCCGACCCCCCCUGAGCACUAUGGGCAGGGCAGCUACCCGGGCAUGGCACCAAUGGGAGGAAUGGGCCCCGGAGGCCCCGGAGGUCCCGGAGGCCCAGGAGGUCCUGCAGGUCCCUACAGCCAGCAACCAGGCAGUAACUCUGGGAGGAUGACGCCACAGGGACCCCCCUACAACACCCUGCCCUCAGGCCCCAUGAUGAUGCCAGCAGAAGGGAUGGGCGCUCAUCUAGAUGCCAAGCAAAGGGUUGAGCUCAGCAAAGAGGGCGUUGGUCCUGCCACUGAACCACCCAAACCCAAGGACAGCUACAGCUCUCAGUGUGUGUCCCAGCCCCCCACCCCUUCCCCCAUGUCCCCCAGCUCAGCUAGUCUGUCCUCCUGUCACGGGGAGGACAGUGAUAGCAUUAGCAGCCCUGCCUGGCCCAAGACACCGACCAGCCCCAAGCCCAGCGUGGCCACCAUGACCAACGAGAAGAUCACCCGGCUGUAUGAAAUGGGCUCUGAGCCGGAGAGGAGGCUGUGGGUGGACCGGUACCUGUCCUUCAUGGAGGAGAGGGGGACACCCGUCCCAAACCUGCCUGCCGUCGGAAAGAAGCCGCUGGACCUGUGCAGACUUUACCUGGCUGUCAGAGAGAUCGGAGGCCUGGCCAUGGUGAAUAAGAAUAAGAAGUGGAGGGAGCUAUCGUCCCUGUUGAACGUGGGGACGUCCAGCAGCUCGGCCAGCUCUCUGAAGAAGCAGUACAUCCAGUACCUGUUUGCCUACGAGUGUAAGGUGGAGCGCGGAGAGGAGCCUCCACCUGAGGCCCUGGGGCCCGCCGGAGACACCAAGAAACCUUCGUCACUCCAGGCCAAGAUUCAGCCACCUUCCCCAGCCAACUCGGGCUCCCUGCAGGGCCCCAACACCCCUCAGUCCAGCAGCAGCUCUCUGACCGAGGCCCCCGGAGACCUGAAGCCCCCGACCCCCGCAUCCACCCCGCACAGCCAGAUGGGACCCCAGCCUGGAAACAGGACCAUGGGAGGGGUGAGCGUCCAGGACCCGUUCUCUGAAGGCAGCGAUCCAGCCUUCAACAACAAGCGAGGCCCGGGACCCGGCGGCACCCCCUACCAGCAGGGAGGAGGUCCAACAGACCCCUCUAUGAGGAUGCAGUAUGAUGUCAACAAGGACCCGUACGGAGGACCGAGGAAAGGUCCAGGGCCCGGCGAGGCCUUCGGUCCCGGUCAGAUGCCCAGCGGCGCCGUGCAGGACAUGUACCCCCGCGGGCCACCCUCCGGGCCCCUGACAGGGAUGGGCCCCAGACCCCAGUACCCCUACGGCCCCGGCUACGAGCGGAGGCCGGACCAUGUGAUGGGGCUGGAGGGAGGCAUGGCGCCCCCCGGAGGUCAGAACAGCAUGGGUCAGACUGGAAACGAGGCCAGCAUGUACCCCACCAACAGAUACCCCCACCAGAGGCAUGGACAUGACGGCUACGGCCAGCAGUAUCCUCACAGCAUGGCCUACACUUCCCAUCAGCCCCUGUACCCUCAGCAGCAGGGUUACAAGCGUCCGAUGGAGGGGAUGUAUCCUCCCUCUAAGCGCCACGAGGGGGAGGGCUUCGGCGUGCAGCAGUACGGCUCUCAGCAGCCCGACAUGUUCGGCCCCCCCUACGGAGGAGUUGGUGGGGGCUACAUGGGCCCCGAGCGGCGGCCGGUCCAGGGCCAGUACCCGUAUCCAUACAGCCGGGACCGCCAAGGUCCCCCCCAGCACAGCCUGAUGGGCUCAGGACCGCCAUCGGUGCCCGGGGGUCCCGGGGAGGGGCCGCAGGCCAACAUUUGGCACCACAGGACAGACAUGGGCUACACAUACGGCAGGCAGGGCCAGGGGCCCCCCUUCCCUGGCAUAAACCGAGGGGACGACCAGGAGGGCAGGGCCCCCCAGGACAGCCAGUGGCCUCCCAGUCAUCUAGGCCAUCGCCAGCCGCCAUACCCCCCCCACUCCUCCUCUUCCUCCUCCUCCUCAUCCAUGCCCCCCCUGCCAUCCAGACAGCCCCCCUCCUCCUUCCAGGCGACGCCCACUGUCCCUAACCAUGUGACCCGCUCUCACAGCCCGUCCUCCUUCCCCCGGCCCCUGGGGGGCUCUCUGUCCCCCAACAGCGCCCCCUACCUGCCCUCUAUGAAGAAACCUGGGGUUCCCGGUGUCCCCCCCGUCCCCCCGCCAGCUCAGGGCCUCCCCCUGAUCAACAGAGAAGUCAGCUUCCCCCCCGGCUCUGUGGAGGCCACUGCCCCCAAACUGAAGCCACGACGCCGGCUCACCGCCAAGGACACAGGAACCCCGGAGGCGUGGCGAGUGAUGAUGUCGCUGAAGUCCGGCCUAUUAGCAGAGAGCACCUGGGCUCUGGACACCAUCAACAUCCUGCUGUAUGACGACAGCACUGUGGGCUCCUUCAGCCUCACACAGCUGCCUGGUUUCCUGGAGCUCAUCGUGGAGUUUUACCGCCGCUGCCUCAUUCAGAUCUUCGGCAUCCUGGAGGACUAUGAGGUGGGAGCCAAGGACCAGAGGACCCUGCUGGUACCCCUGCCCAACCCCCCUGAGGAGGAGGAGGAGGAGGGGGAGGAGGACGAGGAGGAGGAGGUGCUAAAGAUGCUGCCGGCUGCCGCCUCCGAGUCUAACAGUCGGUCAGCAGAAGAGAUGGAGGAGACGUCACUGCCACUCACAACUGCUCCCGCCAUCAGCGCUGAGGAGGCGAUGGACAGCGAACCGGCUGUCAAGGAGGAGGUGGAGGUGAAGGAGGAGCGGCAGGAACAGCCAGAGCCCCGCCCCCGACAGGCCAGCAAGUACGACAAGCUGCCGAUCAGGGUGGAGGAGAGGGCGGAGGAGUGGGAGGAGGUUGAGGAGCGCUGGGCCGAGCUCAGUCGACCCAACGGCUUCAUCAGCGGCCUCCUGCACUGGAAGGCCGGGGGAGGAGACUCCACCACUCACAUCCAGACACACUUUGAAUCCCGAACAGGACGCUCCACCCCCCCGAAACCAACGGAGAGGGAGGAGAGGGGUGGAGGAGACGAGGAGAGGGAGGGAGGAGGGGAGGGGAGGGAGGAGGCGGAGAAGAACUUGCCGUCUGCGGAGGAAACGCCUCCUGAAACACGACCAGGCUCCCUGUCUGAGGUCGGAGGCCAGAGGUCGCCCAUCAGCCAGCUGGAGGACGAGCCCCGCUGCUGGGACGAGGCUCCGCUGUCCACGGCCGAGUCCUGGCAGGACUCGCUGGCCAAACGCUGCGUCUGCAUCGCCAACAUCGUGCGCGGCCUCUCCUUCGUCCCCGGCAACGACGCCGACAUGUCGCGGCACCCCGGCCUGGUGCUGAUCCUGGGCCGGCUGGUGCUGCUGCACCACCACCACCCCCGCAGGAAACGGACGCCGCCCACCUACCAGCGGGAGGAAGAGCAGGGUCUGGCCUGCAGCCGGGACGAGUGGUGGUGGGACUGCCUGGCGGCGCUCAGGGAGCACACGCUGGUGACGCUGGCCAACAUUUCGGGCCAGCUGGACCUGUCGCGGUACCCCGAGAGCAUCUGCCUGCCCAUCCUGGACGGGCUGCUGCACUGGAUGGUGUGCCCGUCCGCCGAGGCCCAGGACCCCUUCUUCUCGGCGGGCGGCUUCUCCUCGCUCACCCCUCAGAGACUGGUGCUGGAGUGUCUGUGCAAGCUGAGCAUCCAGGACUGCAACGUGGACCUGCUGCUCGCCACGCCGCCUUUCGGCCGCCAGCAGAAGCUGUUCGCCACGCUGGUGCGCCUCGUAGGCGAGCGGAAGAGCCAGGUGUGCCGGGAGAUGGCGGUGGCCGUCCUGUCCCACCUGGUGCAGGGGGACUCCGCCGCGGCGAGGGCCGUCGCCCUGCAGAAGGGCAGCGUGGGGACUCUGAUCGGCUUCCUGGAGGACAGCGUGUCCAUGGCUCAGUACCAGAAGAGUCCGCACGGCCUGCUGCACGCCGCCAGCCCGCCGGAGCCGCCCAGCAUCAACAUGAUGUGCCGCGCCGCCAGGGCGCUGCUGGCCAUGGCGCGGGUGGAGGAGAACCGGACGGAGUUCGUUCUGUACGAGAGCCGGCUGCUGGACAUCUCGCUGUCGGCCGCCCUCAACUCCUCGGUGGCGGCAAUCAUGUGUGAAGUACUGUAUAAAGUGGGUCGCUCGUGACACGAACACCGCCACGGAGCGCGCUCGGUGGCGCUGGAAGCAGCUCCGCCGUGUGACGAACUGGCUCCUAUUAUAUUUUUAUUUAACGAACAGAACACAAAGUUUUUACAUACAAAUGAAUAUAUAUAGAAUAUAUAUAGCUCCUCGGCUCCAUCCGCAAAUGUUUAUUUGGGAUUUUUAAGUAAUUUUAAUACAAAAAUAUUUAAUACUUGUAUUUUUAAUUUUUUAUUCUUUUCUCAGCUUGUUGUUGUUUUUUGUUUUAACCAAAGCGUGACGGUAGAGGAAGCUCGGGUUCUGCUCUCUGUGUGUUAUAAACGGACGUGCUUGUUUCUUUCUGUUUGCGGGGCUGUUUUUUCUUGGGGGGGGGCGGUUACUUAGAUAUUUGGGGGCGGGGUCAGAUUUAUUUAAGUAGUGACACAUGUUGUAGAUAGGCCUCUCUUUUCUCAUGUGGUGUGACAGAGGAAACUGAUGUUCAGUCACGUACUUUGUUCUGGUGCAAUAGGUUUUGUUUUGGGCGUUUUUUUAAAAAUGUGAAUAAUUUGACCAUCUGCAAUUUGACCAUCAGUAUUUUGCCAAACCACAGCAGUAUGUGUGGGGGGGGGGGCUGGGUUGUGUCACCUUCUGUUUUCUAAGAACUUUUUCUGUCUCUUCCACCAAUCAAAUCUAAAUUUGCCUCCACCGUCAUCAUCCUCCUGUAAAUAGACGAUGUACAUUUGAGCUCCAGCAGGUGGCGUCAUGACUCGGUGACAGUAGCUGGUAAAGAAUUAACGAUCGUCAUUUAUAAUCACAACUCUGCUCACCUGAAGAUUUAGUUUCCCUCUUCCCGGCAGGUGAAGACUAUUUUUUUUUUUCUUUUCUUUUCUGUAUUUAAGGAAAAACCCCUCAGUUUUCGGAUGUUUUAUCAAGUCUGAUCAAGAACGGUGCGUUUGAUUUGAGAAACUGUAUGUACAGGAGGUCGGGGGGGGGGACUGUACUCAUCAUGUUGCUAACUGACACGACUUCAAAAAACGGUUAUAACAAAUGUAAAGAGAGGGGAAAAAAAGCAAAUCUCUACAUCCAGAACGUCUCCUGUUUGAUUUGACGGACGUUUCUUCGGUAUGAGAUCUUUAUAUGUUCCACGACAUAUUAAAGAAUAAACAUACAUGAACUCUGGUUGAGCACUGUGAACGCAGCUCUGGACUGGUUUUUGUGAGAGCGACUGCAGGUCCAACACAAAAAAAAAAACGAUCAGCUGAGAGACAGGCGAUCAAUAAACACACCUUUGAUUUAGGCCGAUCGGUCCAGACUAAGGCUGUAAUGGUCAUCGCACACCAGAGGGAACCAAACUGUUGAGAAACAAAGGGACAACUUUCUUCGAGUCAAAGACAAGAAGGUUUUAUCCAACCGGGUGAGGUCAUGUUGUUUCCCCAAGUCAGAGGGUUUAUCCUGCGUAUG